UUGUUAUCACGUGAGGUGGUCUCCAAUAUAGAUGUAAAUGUGUGCGAGAUAAGUCUGAAAGUUGGAAGUACUCUUUAAAAAUAAAAUAAAAUACGAUGGAUCUUUACGAAUUGCUUGGUGUGGAGCCUCAUGCUACAUUUGCAGAGAUUAAAACAGCAUAUCGAAAAAAAUCAUUAACCUGCCAUCCGGAUAAAAAUCCUCACAAUAAGGAAGCAGUAGCAGAAUUUUACAAGCUAUCAGAAGCAAUAAAAUUAUUGUCUGAUAAUAAAGCUAGAGCAGCAUAUGAUGAAAGUAUUGCUGCAAAGAAACGAGCAAAAGAACGUAGUAGAGAAUUUGAUGCCAAGAGAAGAAAAUUUAAAGACGAUUUGGAAGCACGAGAAGAGGCAUUUAAACGGGCAAAAUCUAAUGAGGAACGAAAAAGAACGGAAAUAGAAAAAUUACGAAAGGAAGGAGAUAAAUUACUUGCAGAGGAAAUUUUAAUAGAAAAACAACGUAUACAAAAACUAUGCAAGCAAUUUGAUAAAAAAGAAUCUAGUACAAAAAGUUUUAUAAUUAAAAUUAGAUGGCAUACACAAGAAGAUGACCCAUCUAAUGGUGGAUAUAAUUAUAAUGUUCUAUAUAAAAUGUUUUCAAAAUAUGGAGACAUAGUAGCACUUGUUAUAUCAUCUGCAAAAAAAGGCACAGCAAUGGUAGAAUUUGCAAAUAAAAACGCAGCAGAAACAGCUCUUUUAACACAGAUUGGGUUAAUCAAAAACCCACUAAAACUUCGUGGUCUAUGGGAUGGAUCACAAAAACGUACAAGUGCUAAUUCUGAUAUUGGACAAUUAUCUUCAACAGACACACAUUUGAAAAAUGGAAUAAGCAAACCUCUCAACUUUGCUUCAACACCUGAUAUAUUUGCACAAGUAAGAUAUAAAAUGUCAAAUGCAGAAUGUGAAGUUUUAUCUAAUUUAAGAAGAGCAGAGGAACGCAAACGGCUCAUAGAAGAAUUGAAAGCAGAAGAUGAAACAUAAAAUUUUAGAAUUAAAAUUUUAAAAUUAUUUAUUUAUUAUUUUUAUGUGAGAAAUAUAUAUCGACAGUAGAAAUAUUGAUGUAUAUAUUAAUGCUCAACUUUUGAUGAUACUAAAAACUAUAAGAAAUAAAAUCAAUAAUUCACAUUCGAAAAACGAGGCGUUUCUGAUGUGAUGAGCUUGACGAGUUGGCUGAAUGAAGUUGCUUUCCAUUUACACUCAAGAAAAAUAGUAUAUAUGCAAUAUAAGUAACUUUUGUGUAUAAAA